AAGUCUCUAUCACGGGCGGCAAAGUCUUGCAGGCAGAUUGGCUGGUUCAGCUUCUGGACGCAGCUCAGCCUGUCCAUCGUCUCUGCCGGCAUCCUCCUCUUCUCUGUCGCAUUCACAUCCCAGAACGGCCCGGCGGUGUCGGUCUACCUGACGCUGUUCGGCAUAGUGGCGGGCUUUGUGAGCACCUUUUGGUCCUUUGGCUACACCCGGCUGGCGCGGCGGCUGCGCGGCUAUCUGCAGGGGGAGCUGCGUCGGGUGCGAAAGAGCGAUGUUGUCUACACGCUUCAAACCGGCUGCUGGAUCAACAUCCUCGGCAUGGCUGCCACGCUGCUGGGGCUGCAGGCGCGCCCCUCUAUCGGACUGCUGGCUACUGGGCUCCAUUCUUCUGCUACAGUAGGCCUGCUAGUGGCCAAAACACUCACAAACGCCACAGCCAACCCCUUCCUGGCAGGUGGAGCAGGAGCCUACAACCCUGUACUCGCACUCGAUGUUUUCCUUGUACAGGCAUCGACAAACACACUGCUGUCGCACUUUGCGUCGCUGCUGUGUUCGCUGUAUAUCAUGCGAGUCAUCUCACAGAACCCCUCUGUGCCUCCAGAGUCUCUGGGAGCCGUGCCCGCCCGGGCUUGA